AUGGGAGAUAAUGCAGGAUAUAUUUGUGCACGAUCCUUACUAGGAUUUGGACCUUUAUAUAAAUUUAGUCCUUCACAGUUACAAAAAAUUACAAAGGAUUAUGUUUUUGAAAAACCAAAUCCAUCUUCAACUAUUUACACACAACCAACAAAAACUUGGGCCGCUUUUCAUUCUUCUAUUCAAGAAAAUAAAAAAGAAUUGAUUAGUCAAGAAGAGGAAUUACUAGGGGUUAUGUUUUAUUCUGGAGCAACCAAUGCAAAACUAAAAAUUGCAACAAAAAUGCAUGUAGAAUUAUUACGACAUGCACAACUUGGAGAAAUUGAAUACCAAGAUGUGCCUAAGGUGUCCACUAUAGCUAAUUGGAUUAAAAAAACAUCUCGGGCUAUAAAACAGAGUAUAGUGUUGCAAUUUUUGAAAAAAACUGAUGAAUGA